AUGUCACUGAAACGUCCUUUAUCACCCGAAUCAAAUAAUAAGAAUAAUUCGAUCACGACUGACAUUCGGCAGUUGAAACGUUGUAAACUUCACUCGAUUAUACAAGAAUUACAAAAUGAAGAAGCAAAAUUAGUCCUUUUGAAAAAACUUCGAACAAGUCAACAACAGUCAUCGCCAUCACCUCCACCGCCAUUGCGAACAAAUAAAGAUUUAUCAACUACUACGAAUGGCUUUCAUUCUCCAAUACCAAAAACAAAGCCUACUACGUCUCCGUCGUUGACAUCUUCAACUGCACCCAUUACAAAUCCCUCGUCUCAAUCGCAACCGAUCACUAAUAAUUCUACCUCUGUCCGUAAAUCAUCGAACUCUCCGCUAUUAACAAAUUCCAAUCGUGUAUCUUCGACACAUGUUCUCGAGGACCGUAAAGCACAAGCAAAAUUAACUUUGCGCAAGCAUUUAGAACGUGAUUUACUGAAUAUUCCCUUGCCUAAGCCGUCGCUGCAGGACAUAUCGUUUAUUCCUAAUGGAAUAAGUCUUGAAUUUCAACCAAUUAUCGGUUUAGAAGACGUCGUUCAAUGUCUAAGUGAACUUCAAAACGAUCGCCAUCGUUUGCCACAACGUUUUACUGAUCAUGCUCAGGUUGAUUCGCCUUAUGUAUGUGAUCAAUGUGGAACGGAUUUUACAAUACGUUGGUGGAAACACCCGAACUCAAAAUCAUCGAAUCAGACGAUGAAUAUUCUUUGUGAUCGUUGUAAAAAACAAGUUACAAGACGCAUGGCCAAAUCCGAGCAUUCCUCACUAUUGAAGAACGUUUUCAUUCUAGCCAUGGAGCAAGAAAAAGAAAUCGACAAACAUUUUAACGCACUGAUCAAACAACAGAAACAAGCUUCACGUUCUUCUACAUCCUCGUCAUCAGCAACACCGACAGUGACAUCAUCAAAAUCUUCGACAUCAAACUCACGCCAAAUACAAUCUGUAAAAACGACUUCAACCCAUAUCCCUUCGACACAUCAAUCAACGAAAACGAAGCAUUCGAUACCGCAGACUAUUCCUGCAAAACUUUCACAACCAUCUGCAUCUGCGCGAAAAUCACAUCAAAUGAUGAUUCCAUCUCCGGCACAUGGAAAUCAUUCGCGAACAUUACAUGAUACUAAAUUAUCGAUGUCGAUGUAUCAUCACCACCAUCAACCUCAUCGUUCAUCGACAACACUACCGCAACAAAUCAAAUCAAAUCAGAUGGCGAAAAUGACAAAAAAUCAUGUCAAACAAUCAUCCGUUACGUCAUCUACUCGUAUGAUCUUUCCUCCUAAUUCUGAUCUUCUUCAUCCGUUUUUGUUACCCAAUGUUGUCGGAAAAUCAACAUCAUCUAAAAAGCGAACAUUUCCUCAUGUUGAAAUGAAAUAA